AUGGAUUUUAAUAGACAGUUUUAUGAUACACCAAUCAUCCUAGGGAGACCAUUUUUGCAUACAGCAAAGAUGAAUAUUGAUUUUUGAUAAGUCUUCAUUAUCAUGAGUUAAUAAUUAGUAAAUAAUAUAGUUUUAGGCUUAACUCGUGAUAAAUAGACUUAUAUUUAGGUUGUGGGGCAAGGAGUGGUCGUACAUGCGAGAGAAAGGACUUUGCUUACAAAGCUAAGAUUACUAUAUAUUCGCCUGAAAAAUCGGCACACAACCGAUGUGGGACUAAACCCGCGUCACACCUUCCUCAGAAGGGGCGGACAACCGGCGCAACCGGCGCGGGUUCGAAUCCUCCCAGAGUCAAAAUUCAUAUAUUUUUAUCUGAUUAUCGCGACUUUCCUGUAGAUCGCCGGUGAAGGAUUAAGCAACGAGAAUCGCUAGAUCAUCAACGAAAAUCUCGUCAACACGAUUUGCGGAGCAUUGCUACUAAAAUUGCUGAACGAUUCGCGAUAAAAGGAUCGCGAAUCCAUCGAGUUAAGGAUCUCCGAUUGAUCAAUGAACAAGCCGUCGUCGGGAAGAGGACGAUCCGCUACGAGACGAGUCGCCACCUCCUGAGAGCGUACCAGAUGCGAUGAAGAGCCUCCUCUUGCUGCGCGGACCUGAGGAUGAAGCUCCCUGACACGCGCCCCACCUCCAUCCAGCUCCUCUCCGUCGGGUGACAGCCGCCGGAGAGCCGCAAAGUCGCCGUUUUUCCGCUCCGCCGGGUGACAGCCGCUAGAGACGAUUCGACGACCCACUUCAUUGAUCUCUAGACUUCGCGAGAAGAUCUAGAGAUUGCCCACGUCAUCUUUGUCCAAGGAGAGCCUUCGAGGCCGUGGACACUGCACGACGAUCCUCCCGAACACUCAGGAUUCCGGUGCAUCGCGGACGCAUCGCUGUCACGACGCCGGAACUCUGUUUUCCUGCUUUCAAGUUAAUUUACGCUUCAUUUAGUGACACUUUGUGUGAUUUUAAUUUACCAAAAUAUACUUUGUUCUACUACGAUUGUUCCGGCUUUUACAGUUCUUAAUUUGAUUAAUUAAAUCGUCUGUAAUUGCUUACGUAAGAAUCGCCGGGCGGAACUCUAUUUCUACCCGAUUCGCGUUCGCCGGGCGCUGACAUCAUCCUGAUUUCCGUGCCAUUAUUUCCUUCUUUUUCGUGAAUUUUGAAUAUAUUUCCUUUUCAUUUCCUAGUAUAAAAUUCAUAGAAAAUCGUAUUCAUUGAGAAAAAUUCUGAAUAAUUAUCAGAUAUUAUAUUACAUCCCUGUGAUCGACCUAGAAAAUUACCGCUAUUUUUGGAAGUUUUAUUGAAUUAUAAGUGAUAUAUUUAUUCAGAAAUACUUCGAAAUAUCCAAAAAUUCAUAUUUUCUAGUUUUAUAAAUUUUAUAUUUACGUGAUUUAAUAUACAACGACUGAGUCACAUCAAUUUUCCCACAAGUAUUGCAAAAAUUUUAUGUGGAGAUCAAUCAGUAGAAAUUAAAAUUUUUGAGGUACCAAAUGAUCUUAAGAAAUCACAAGUAUAUGAUUGUCAUACCAUAGAUCUUCUAGAUGAUUUUGACGAUCCAGAUGUUAUUGAUGACUGUGUGCUGGAAGAAUUAGAGGAAAUAGAGAAUAGAAAUUUGAGAGAAAAGAAAGAGGAAGAUCAUCUGAAUUUAGAGUUGAAACCUCUUCCCUCUAGUUUAAAAUAUAUGUUUUUGGAGGAAAAUAAUUCAUUUUCUAUUAUUAUUGCAGCUGAUUUGAGUGAUGAACAGGAAGAAGAAUUAUUAGAUGUACUUCGAAAAAAUAAGAAGGCUAUGGGUUAGAAAAUGGACGAUCUAAGAGGCAUUGAUAUGAGUGUAUGCAUGCAUAGUAUAUAUUUAGAGGAGGGGGCUAGAACUAGCAGGGAACCACAACGAAGAUUAAAUGCAAAUAUGAUGGAAAUUGUAAAAAAAGAAAUUUUAAAGUGGCUGGCUGCUGAUAUUAUUUAUCCUAUUUCAGAUAGCAAAUGGGUUAGUCCUACACAAGUAGUGCCAAAAAAAUCAGGGAUCACGGUUAUGAAAAACAAAAAUGGGGAUGAAAUACAAACAAGACUAACUACUAGUUGGAGAGUUUGCAUUGAUUAUAGAAAAUUAAAUUCAGUUACUAGAAAAGAUCAUUUUCCCCUACCAAUUACUAAUCAAAUUCUAGAAAAAUUAGCUGGAAAAAACUUUUUUUGUUUUCUGGAUGGAUACUCUGGUUAUAAUCAAAUUUAUAUAAACCCUUUAGAUCAAGAAAAAACAACUUUCACUUGUCCAUUUGGUACUUUUGCUUUUAAACGCAUGCCUUUUGGUCUGUGUAAUGCUCCAGCCACAUUUCAAAGAUGUAUGCUGUCUAUUUUUUCUGAUAUGAUUGGAAAAUACGUGGAAAUUUUUAUGGAUGAUUUUUCUGUUUUUGGUGAAUCAUUUGAUGAAUGUUUAAAUCAUUUACAACAUGUACUUGAGAAAUGCAUAGAGAAAAAAUUAGUUUUGAGUUGGGAGAAAUCACAUUUUAUGGUUAAAGAGGGAGUUGUGUUGGGUCAUAUUGUGAGUGAAAGGGGUUUAGAGGUGGAUAGAGUAAAAAUUGAUAUUAUAUCUAAAAUGAAACCUCCAAAUUCAGUAAAACAGAUUAGAUCUUUCUUGGGUCAUGCAGGUUAUUACAGAAAAUUUAUUCAAGAUUUUUCGAAAAUUUGUAAACCUCUCACCAUGCUAUUAUCUAAAGAUGUGUCUUUUAAUUUUGAUGAGAAAUGUUUUGAGUCUUUUUCCGAAAUAAAAAGAUUACUUACUGAGGCACCCAUUUUACAAGCUCCUGAUUGGUCCCUUCCCUUUGAAAUAAUGUGUGAUGCAUCGAAUUAUGCAGUGGGGGCUGUUCUAGGACAAACAAAAGAGUAA